CCUACCACACCUGUACAUACAUCUAGGUCAGGCACCAACGCCUGCUGAAGUGCUUUCCCUGGGAGCUGCUUCACAAUGUCUUGAGAGCAUGGCAAUGGUGGUGACAGUGAAGUUUUGGAGUCAGUAAAGUAUCCAGUGGCCAUGUGGGACCUGAAACACUGUGACCCCAAGAGAUGCUCAGGCAGAAAGCUGGUACGACUAGGCUUUGUGCGUCCCUUGAGGCUCGGCCAGAGGUUCCCAGGCCUUGUGCUGACUCCUGUGGGCAAGAAGUGCAUGUCGCCUGAAGAUGCUCCAAUACUUAACCAGCACGGCCUGGCAGUGGUGGAUUGCUCUUGGGCCCGGCUUGCAGAGACACCCUUCAACAAGAUGAAAGCAGCCCACCCAAGACUACUGCCCUACUUGGUGGCCUGCAACCCUGUCAAUUAUGGCCGUCCUUGCAAGUUGUCCUGUGUGGAGGCCAUUGCUGCAACUAUGUACAUAUGUGGAGAUAAAGAAGGAGCUCUUUUAUACCUUAGCAAAUUUAAAUGGGGCAAAACAUUCCUGAAAUUAAAUGGUGAACUCCUGGACAAAUACAGUGCCUGUAAAUCCAGCAGUGAUGUGGUGGAGAUGCAGAAUCUCCAUUUGAAGCAGCUGGAAGAAGAAUUGCUUGCUGAGAAAGACAAGAUUGAUCUUCCUCCAUCAGAGUCUGAGUCUGAAUCUGAAUCUGAAGAGGAGGAAGAGGAUGGCUAGCUUCAUAAUGGUGUGUUUGGCAUGACUGUCCAAACUGUCACUAUUUAAAUUUUUGUUAUUAAAUAUUUUACAAAUUUUA